AGUAGAGAUUUCACAAAAACAUGAUGAUCCCAAUGUAACAGGAGGAAAAAAUGUGCAGACACCAUGGAAAUGGAAAAUCAUCAUUGGAGGUUGGCUUGUUUGGUUCUGAAACACCAUAAUCAUGAGCUGAUGAUGGAGUGUAGUCAACUUAAGGAAAAGUAUGAGGAGGGUUUCAAGGGAGGAAUAGAAAUUUCAAGAAAAGAUGAUGAUCCUAGUGUAAUAAUCUACAAGAGGAAAAAAUGUACAGACGUUUUGGAGGAUUAUCAAAGGGGCAAAUGUCAAAAAUGUGCUGAACUCAACCGGGAAAUCGAUGAUUUGAAGUUGAUGAAGAAAAGAGAUGCUGUUGAGAUUGAAGAUCUGAGGAUUAAUUGCAUGGAAAUGGACAUUGAAGUAACCACCUUGUCGAGUCAUGAAAUCGACUUGGAAAAAGAAUUAGAAGCUUAUAAAAUCAAGUGUCAAAGUUUGUCCGCGGAGCUACAACGGAAGGGAACGGAACUGGAGAACCUAGCAGUAAUAAACGGUGGUCUUGAUCGUCAGUGUGAAGAGUACAGCACCAAGUGUAUUGGAAUGGAAGAGAAAAUCAAAGGGUUAAUAGAAGAAGAAAUUGUCAUGUCUGGAAUUGUUAUGUCCGAAAGGGAGAGGAAUGCAAGGGAAAGAAUUUGUCACUUGGAGGAGGUAAUUAAGAAUAUGGAAACUAUCGAAAGAGGGAGGUUUGCAGAGUUGGAAGCUUAUAGAAUCAAAUGUCAAGGUUUGUCUGCAGAGCUCGAACGGAAGGGACUGGAAUUGGAGAACCUAAGGGUAGUAAAUGGUAGUCUUGAUCGUGAGCGCGAAAAAUACAUGACUAGAUGUAUUGGAAUAGAAGAGCAAAUCAAGGGGUUAACAGAAGAAGGAAUUGUUAUGUCUCAAAGGGAGAAGAGUGCAAGGGAAAGAAUCUGUCACUUGGAGGAGAGGUUUGCGGAGCUGGAGAUGCUGCUUUUGGAAAUGCAAGAAGAAAAUGAAGUUUCUUCUGAAAGAACUUGCGGGGAUAUGGAUGGCAGAGACAAUACAGCUGAUGAGGCACACUUCACUAGAACUGAAACUAGUCCAGAUUCUACUUUUACACCCACUUGCAAACCUUCUUCGCGGCAAGUAAAUUCCGCUGGUGUGCACGUCUCAGGAGACUCUCCUCAUGCCAACAAUCAAAGGGUGGCAGAGAAUGCAUUGGGACACCAAGUAAGUUUUAAGACAGAAGGUACACUAACUAGGUUCGGCAAGUGCAGUGGAACGCCGUCUAGUGAAAAUCUAGCUUUGCAGCCCAAACAAGAUGGCGCAAGGCCAUCUACAUGAGAUGGUCGAUGUCAGCGACGGUGGGGGAGAUAAUGAAGGAGAUUACUCUGAAACAUACUUAUAGUUCGAUGCAGCAAAUCAGAGAUUUUGCAAUUUCUGCAACUUAUUUUGGAAGAUCACAUGACUUGAAUUUUCAAGUAGUUGCUGCUGUAAUUGUGGUUUAAGAUCUCAUAAAGGAAGUAUAUUUCUCCUCGCUUAUUAAAGCGCGGGAAUCUCUUUACAUAUCGGCCGAUGAACAUUUGAAAACCUGGUACUGAUUCAAGACUACUCUACAGCAGUGUUCAAUGCAUUGGUCCAGUUACUCCACAUAAGAUACUAAAAAUUACAUGUAAUUUUUUUUAACCUUAUUCAAAUGCCACCAAAUGUGUGUGAACUGAGUCAGAUAUAGAAAAAAUGGAAGCGUGAAAGAUAGAGUAGCAGUGAAAAUCAUCGAAGAGGUUU